AUGCUUGGUGCUGUCCGCCGGUUUGGUGUCUGUCAUGCGCUGCGAGCAUCCAGCUCGCGGACGCUGUCUACUCGUUGGGCUUCCCAGCUGCCAAAAUGGCAGGUCCCUUCGUAUCAGGCCCCUGCCCUUGCAAAGUCCUUUCACAUCUCCUUCCCUGCGCUGGACGCCGCUUCGGCUCAGGCAGCAGAGAUUCAAGAGGGCUUUCAGGCGGAGUCUGAAUUCAUCACCGAAUUCGCAGAUCUGAAGACGAAGGGUCUGAUUGACCCGACCAUCAUUCGCAACAUCACUGAACCUCGUCGCAUGGGCCUAACAACCAUGACUGAGGUGCAGAGCCAAACAAUCAACGAAAUGCUUGGUGGCACUGACGUCCUGGCCCAGGCAAAGACUGGAACAGGAAAAACGCUUGCCUUCCUUAUCCCGACCAUGCAGAAUAUUCUCAGUGAUCCCUCCUUGAAGCGAUCUGCGCCCCAGGGACGCCAUCGUUCGUCUGGUGGAGGCGCGGACUCCUCUGAUAUUCGCGCACUGAUCAUUUCUCCUACCCGUGAAUUGGCCGAGCAGAUCGCCGCAGAGGCUAUCAAGGUUGCUCAAGGGACAGGUCUGGUGGUACAGACCGCCGUUGGUGGUACUCACAAGCGCUCUGGCUUGAUGCGGAUUCAGCGCGAUGGCUGCCACCUUCUUGUUGGCACCCCUGGUCGUAUCAAGGACAUUCUCUCAGAUCCCUCCAGUGGUGUCUCGGCUCCCAAGCUGAACACGCUCAUCCUGGAUGAGGCCGAUCGGCUUUUGGACCAAGGUUUUUCACAGGAGAUCAAUGAGAUUAAAGACCUUCUACCUGAUCCGUUCAAGGUUGAUCGUCAGACGCUCAUGCUCUCAGCCACAGUCCCAAAGGAGGUGAUGACAAUGGUGAAGCGCACUAUGAAGCCGGACUUCAAGUUUAUCAGAACCGUCCGUGAUGACGAGGUGCCCACACACAUGAGAGUGCCCCAGAAGACCGUGUUCGUCAACGGGUAUGAAAAUGCUCUUCCUGCCAUUCUCGAGCUGGCCAAGACCUACCAGGCUCGCCAGGCUCAGGAUCAGGAUCUGCGCCCAUUCAAGGCCAUUGUUUACUUCAACUCUACCAAUGAGGUCAACCUGGCCGCCGAAGCCUUCAUGGCUCUUCGCGCCAUCCCAGGUGAUGGGCGGAGCCGGUCUCCUCUUGGCCGGAUGCGUAUUCUUCAAAUCCAUUCCCGUCUUACCCAAGCUGCUCGCACAAACAGUGCGAACAACUUCCGUCGGGCUCAGGAGGCCAUUCUCUUCUCGUCUGAUGUGACCGCCCGUGGAAUGGACUUCCCCGAGGUCACCCAUGUCCUCCAAAUUGGUCCCCCCCGUGAUCGUGAGACCUACAUUCACCGCAUUGGUCGUACCGGUCGCGCUGGCAAGGAGGGCGAAGGCUAUCUGUUCCUGCAUGAUGGAGAGUAUGAAUUUUAUCAGCAGAAGCUGGGCAAGCUGCCCCUUACGGAGGAUACGACUCUUUCCACCGCCAUGCUGAACAUGACACGAGACCUCGACACAGCCUCACCCUUUGCCCAGGAGACGAUCGAGCAAAUCCGAGAGGCAAUGAAGGAGGUUUCUCCUAUCAUGAAGGAGAGCACCUAUCGCUCCCAGCUCGGUACCAUGUCCCAGAGCUUUACCAAGCGCCGCAAUGCCAUCAUCGCUCUGAACAACCUCGCGAUCCACGGCUAUGGGUUGGCCGAACCCCCAGCCGUCAAGGCCAGUAUUGCUCGCAACCUUGGCCUUGACCGCAUCAAGGAGCUGAAGAUCGAAGAAGGCUCUUUCAGCCGCCGUGCGGUCGAUCCCUUCGACUCUGGUCGACGUGGUCGCGGUUUCGGGGACUCUUCUUACGGUGAACGCGGAUUUGGGGAGCGUGGAUCUGGCCGUGGCCGAUCCAGCUUCGGCCGAUCCGGCGGUUACGGAGGAGAGUCCCGUUCUUCGAACCGUGGCAGCGGUGGCCUCUACGGCGCUCGUUCGCGCUACUGA